GGACAUUUUCAACAGCAGCUGGAAAUGCUGUCCAACCGAAAUCGGUUUCUGAACGACGAGAUCGGCAAGCUGUCCAGAAUGCUGCAGCAAGAGCAGUUCCGCAGCCACAGCAAGCAACUGCAUCUGCACGAACUAGGUGGAGAAGUGGACCAGCUGAAACGGGACUACGUGUUCCUGUUGCAGUCUUGCAUACGGAUAACGUGCACGGAGGGACCAGAAACCACGGAGCUCUACAUGUACGGAGAAAAGAGGCACAAGCAGCGUGUGUUCGCACUUCUGGAAGAAGCAAGGAAAGUGGACCCUUCGCUCCCCAGUCUUGAGGGGAUGACUAACUCCCUGUGUCACGUUGAUUCCUUGGGUUUCAAACAUUUGUUCGUGGACAAGCAUCUGAUCCUACACUACGUGUGCCGCCAGCUACACAGGCACUACUCCACUCAAUUGCGGCAACACGAGCGACAUGUCGCAGCCUGGCGUCGUUAUCUGAAGAAGCAUCCAGACAACGCCUUGCGCAGUACGCCCGAGUUGAAAAGUUUGGUGCGUAAAGGGGUGCCAGAGAAUUUAAGAUGUCGGGUAUGGAGUGCCCUCUAUCGGCCCAAAGUCAGAGACUUGCGGGAAGCGAAAGGAGCAGAGUACUUCCAGAAUCUGUGCGACAGGGGAGCGGAAGCUGAGUUACCCGAAAGCCACAAGCGCCAAAUCUCACUUGAUCUGCUGAGAACGAUGCCCAAUAACGUCAAUUUCUGUGACAGAAGUGCAGAAGGGGUAAUGCAAAUGGAACGAGUGUUGACCGCUUUUUGUCUGCACAACCCUCAGCUAGGCUAUUGCCAAGGAAUGAACUUUUUGGUCGGGAUGAUGUUGCUGUUCGUUGGACCCGAAGAUGCCUUCUGGUGUCUGGUGGCAAUCGUAGAGCGGUACUUCCCUUCGUGUUACUUCGACCAGGGCCUGGUGGGUGCCCAGGCCGACCAGGAACUGCUCAAGGAGCUUCUGAGAGAAAAACUGCCCGCCGUGUCCGCCCACUUGGCUGCCCUCGACAUUGAGCUCAGCACAGUCACUCUCAACUGGUUUCUCUCCGUCUUCAUCGAUGCCCUCCCCAUAGAGACGCUGUUGCGGAUUUGGGACUGCUUCCUGCUGGAGGGUCCGAAGGUGCUGUUCCGCUUCAGUUUGGGCAUACUAAAGUUGCAAGAAGAAGCCAUCCUUGCUAGGCACGAUACCGUCUCCAUCAUGCGCCAACUUAAGGCAGCUGCUAAGCUCUGCUUCGACGUAGACGGGCUUGUUUCGGCGGCAUUCGAAGAGUUGGAGCCUUUCCCCCGUCGUGAGGCGCUGUGGUCGCGCAGAGAGUCCUUCCGGAAAGUGCUGACGGAACGGGCCAGGAAAAAGGAAAGAGAGUUGCAGGCCCUCAGGGAGAGGGAGAGAAUGAUGGCGCAAGUGGAGCUGGAGGGUCCACACAAUCAUCUAAUUGAAUGUGCAGCAGUUUGGGGCAAAGACAAAGUAUGGGUAUGCCACGGGCACCACCAUGGUUCUCGGGUUUCUAUGAUCCACUGCCAAGAAAACAUCAUGUACAGACUACGCAUCGAGUUUGAGUCACGUGUGAUGUGUAUGCAUGCGCCGAAUGACGACACUAUGCUUUUUGGCACCUAUUCAAAGUUCGUCCACGCCUAUCACACCAUAUCGAGGAAGAAAAUGUGGGAAAUCUGUCUGAACGCAUGUGUGCUAAGCCUGUGCUCACACCAGAGGGACGGUGUCAAACAGGUGUUUGCUGGCCUAGCAGAUGGAACGUUAGCCGUUGUUGAGAACGUGCAGGGUCGUCUUCCCAAACCGGAAGUCUUCUAUGUGGUGAUUGGCUCCAAUCCGGUCACGUGUCUCCAGCUGGUAGGUAGAAGGCUGUGGUGCGCAUGUGGGCCUUCUGUCAUUAUCCUCAGCGCCAGGACCCUAGACCUUCUGGACCAGUUCCAGACGUCCUCUAAUGGCCUGGACUACGUGUACAGGAUGGUAAGCGGGGAGCAAGGGGUCUGGAUCAGUCUAAGGGGCUCGUCCGUCUUGCAGCUCUGGGAUCCCCACAGUCUCACCUGCAGACUCUUGUACGAUGUCCGGGAUAACUACGGUACCAGGGCACCCAAAGUGGACGAAGCGUACACCAAUCAUGCCAGAAUCACUUGCGUACUUCCACUGGAUGCAACUUGCCUGGUGGGCACAGCAGACGGAACCUUGCUGGUGUACGAGGCCGUGGCCAGAAAGUCACCCUCACCCUCCAACCCUUCUUCGCCCAGGCCCAACCCGGAAGCCUCUGGCCACGCUCGUCAGAUUCAAGAAAGACUACAGAAAUUACUCAUUGAACAACAACUCUUGGAAGGCGAUGGUGAUUCCAAAACGAGCCGCGGGGAAAGCCCCAACCUCACUCCUAGUAGCAACGUCAGCAGACGAGAAAGCAGUGCCUCUUCCAAGGAGUCAGGUUCAGAUCAAGGUGGAGAGGAUGAAGAAGGGGUGGGGCACAGAAGAGCAAUGCCCCUCCAAGUACCAGAAGCGGAACGAAGCCCACGCUUGUACACGAGAACAUUGAGAAAAACAUCUUUCGUGAUCGCCACGCCCAUUGUCGAAGAGAAAUCCACUAAGGAAGAAGAAGAAGAGGAGGAGGAGCUAAAAUCACAAGACAUCCAAAAUUUUGAAGCGAAAACGGAAGUAUCUACAGCAGAGGCAGAAAAGCAGGUAAAUUUCGUUUUCCAAGCGGCGACAUCACUAGAAAAAUCUAGUACUCAGUCGUUUGACCAGUCUACGAAGGACAGUGAGGAAGAUUCUUUCAUCAGCAACCAGAGCCGGAAGAACUCAGAGCCCCAAGAAUUCCGUCGCUUUUGCCACGUGGACGCUGGCGACUUGGUGUCAUCGGAGGGUGGAGACAAAGUUGUCUCGGCCUUGGAAUUCCAAGGGGCGGGGCUCAAAGGUUCCAAGAAGCGCUACCAAUCUCUGAGUGCAGAAGACAUUCCUACCUGGGUCGCUCAAGAGAAACCGCAACCAGUCAUCUCUGCAAGAGGGGACGUGACCUUCGAGUACAAGAGUCGUCUCCCGUCCAUCAAGGCGUUUAUCCGGAGGGAAGCAAACGAGUUGGCUACUUUCCUGAAGGGCCAGCAAGAAGGGGAAGAAGAGAAACCAGAGGAAGUGCCCGUUUCGAAAGGGCGUAAUUGUCCCCUCUUCAGCAUCCGCCCUCCCACAUUGGAUCUAGCAGAGCAUCCUAUCGUUCACCGACGACCCGAGGAGGAAAAAGAGGACGAUGGAAUAGUUGUCACAGAGGGUUUCGUUCCCGAAGACGUCCCUAAAGCACCCUGCCCAGAUUCUCGUCGCUCUUCGGGCGUUCCGGAGGGUGGGUCCACGACAGAGCUCCUUCCUUCUUACCUGGAUGAAGACUUCUUGAGUACCGCCCAGUUUAAUGACCUUCUGCAGCUGCAAGACUGGACUCGUACAUCCCGAAAGGGAUCUGACACCGCCAGCAACGUCAGCUUCGGUUCAGCGGAAAUGCCCUUUGCCUACGAACUACACCUGAAGGAAAUGAUAAAAAUAUCGGACAAACCAAUCAGGAGCCUCCUGCAAGCUAGCUGCGAAGACGAGACAGUUGUCAUCAGCUGCGCCGGUUACUAUGGUGACGACGAAGCCGUUCUUAAGUGGAUAAGAGAAGGAGAAGAGCGUCUGUGGACAAAUGAUCCAAUUGUGGAGGUCUGCCCUUUUACUCAUGCCAUGAAACCUUCCCCUUACGCCCGAUCUCGUCUUCCUCGUCGAGCUUCCAUUGCCACCAGCGCCCUCUGCGCCCCUCCUGGUGACACGGACCCGUUCUCUAUGGGGGCCCACAUCGAAAGUGGACUGGCCCGGGUGCAAAAUCUGCUGGCCAGAGUCAGCGAGAGGACCACAUGA